UUCCCAGGGCGGACGGCGUCGUCGGGUUUCGGGAGGACGCUCGUGUGGCUCAACAACUGCGCAGCUCAAAUCUCACGGCGGUGAAAAUCCAACAACCACGAUGGACCCGAGAGACACUGCCCCUGAUUCCUGGGAACAAGAAGACGAUGUGGAGGCCACGAUCGACGGACAACUUGAAUCAGCAUUCACAACGCUAAAUGUGAACGCUAAGCCGUUUGUGCCCAAUGUAAACGCCGCCGAGUUUGUUCCGGCUUUUGGCCUGAAAGCACACCCGGCAAACGUCGACUCUGCCGCGCCCGUGGAGAACGGUGAUGCAGAAAUGACCGCAGAGGAGCCAUGGGACCAGAAAGACGUAGAACCCAGCGAGGAAGAGCCAGGAGGCGGCGUGUGCGUGGACCGGGGGCCAGAAGUGCCAGACGAGAGCGCUCCAGAGAUGAUGGAGGAGGAAGAGGAGGUGCUCGUGCCCAAGGCUCCACCCGCACAGCCGGAUGCCCCCAAAAAGGAGCACAUCAAUGUGGUGUUCAUUGGACAUGUAGAUGCUGGCAAGUCGACCAUUGGAGGACAAAUCAUGUAUCUGACUGGCAUGGUAGACAAGAGGACCUUAGAGAAAUAUGAAAGAGAAGCCAAGGAAAAGAACCGGGAAACCUGGUACCUGUCUUGGGCUUUGGACACCAACCAGGAGGAGAGGGACAAAGGCAAGACGGUGGAGGUUGGCCGAGCAUACUUUGAGACAGACAAGAAGCACUUUACCAUCUUAGAUGCUCCGGGUCACAAGAGCUUUGUGCCCAAUAUGAUCGGAGGCGCAUCACAAGCAGACCUGGCUGUGCUGGUGAUCUCUGCCAGGAAAGGUGAAUUUGAAACCGGCUUUGAGAAAGGUGGACAGACACGGGAGCACGCCAUGUUGGCCAAAACAGCCGGAGUCAAGCACCUGAUAGUUCUGGUGAAUAAAAUGGAUGAUCCUACCGUCAACUGGAGCCUGGACAGGUACGAAGAGUGUAAGGAGAAACUGGUGCCAUUUUUGAAGAAAGUGGGCUUCAAUCCAAAGAAAGACGUCCACUUCAUGCCGUGCUCCGGGCAUGUGGUGGAGGUGUUGAGUCUGCUCUCUGACGACGUGGAGACGGACGACGCAGGGCCAGGUGAAAAUCUCAAGCUGCGACUGAAAGGCAUAGAAGAGGAGGAGAUCCUACCGGGCUUCAUUCUGUGCAAUGCCGAGAACCUGUGCCACUCAGGGCGCACGUUCGACGCGCAGAUUGUCAUCAUUGAACACAAAUCCAUCAUCUGUCCAGGUUACAAUGCAGUGCUUCACAUUCACACCUGCAUUGAAGAAGUGCAAAUUACGGUAAAACCUGACGCCACAUUAAGUUUCUCGAUGGUCUUGAGCCCCGACUCGUUUCUUUAUCUUUAAAAUAUGGUUGGAUCA